AUGGCCGAAAAGAAGUCUGUUUCGCCGGGGCAUCAUGCCAUCCUAGUUGGAAUCGACACUUAUCCUGCCGAAUACAAGGCAUCGCUCAAGGGCUGUGUCCGCGACACGCAGCAAAUCAGAUCAUUGCUAGAACAGCAACCUUUCCACAUCAACAUCCAGACGUUGACAGCUACGCAAAGCUCUGAUAGCAGCACCACAGGGCCAGUCGAACAUCCUGCCUCGUUACCAACGUAUGACAACGUACUCAGGGCUUUCAGAGACUUGGCCGAUGCCGCUCAAUCUGGAGAUUACAUCUACAUCCAUUACUCUGGCCAUGGCACCCGCAUGACUCCCAAAACCACCAAACCAUUCUCCAACCAGCAUACUGGAGAUUUAGCUCUAGCUCUUCUUGGUGUUGAGAAUGGAGACGAAGUGAAGCCCCUUGGAGGGUACAAAUUAGCGGUAUAUCUAAAUGCAAUGGUGGAAAAGCGUCUGGUUGUCACUCUAGUUCUUGAUUGCUGUUUCGCGGCAAGUAUCUAUCGCAUGGACCGUCCUGAUAUCCGAUUCCUCCGAACUGACCCAGAUCUUGCGGCUGCGUACUUCGCCGAACAAAAGCUUGUUGGAGCAAGACAAGGAGGCGACUGGCUCAGAGUAUCUCCUCACGAAGAGGCGAGUGAGAUAAUCCACAAAGGUGAAUCUCAUGGCGCCUUAUCCCAUUUUCUAAACUUGAGCCUAAGAGAUGCCGGAUUGAACCGCAAACACAAGAACAUCUUCUACCGUCUCAGCUCCAAGUUUCGUGCUCACUCAGUUCAGAAAAAUCCUGCCUUGUAUGGAAACAAAGACCAGGGAUUCUUUGGUGAGAGCAAUUUUACAAACUCACGAUCGAUGGUGCUCGUUGUAACAAAUGGUCAGCACUUUGUAUUGCAGGCGGGUCAGGCUCAUGGUGUAUCCGAUGGCGAUGAGUUCAUUCUGUAUCCUUCCAGCUUCCUUGAGAACAAUGAGGCCUUUCACGCAAAUCUGAUUAAAACAACUGUUGAAAGAGCUGGCCGGUUGACGAGCCUGCUACGCUUGGAAGAUUCGACCGCUGCGACUGCUGAAAAUGACUGCGUUGCUGAGCCACAAACGAGACGAGCACUUGGCCAGUUCCCGGUGUCUAUGAGCAAUAGAAUAUCUUCCCAAAAUACCUGGCGAGAGGCUUUGACAAGAUAUGGGAUGGCCCAUACUGACAAUCAGGGAUUGGCAUCCUGGUUCCAUGUCCAGGUUAUCAACAACGAGUACAGAAUUCUGACUCGGAAUGGUGAAGUGAUGAACCUCCCUUCAUUGCCGCAAAGCACAACAACUCCAGAUGGUGUUUCUGCAGUUUUGGAGCAUUUAGCUCGAUACGAGCUUGUCAGAGGCCUCUCAAAUUCAACUGUGGAAGAGGACUUCCGAGCAUCGUUCAACAUCAAUAUUGUUCGAGGGACGGAUCACUUUGGCCCAGGCACUCUCGUCAAUGUUGAACAAGAUACAGGCAAGACAUCCAUGUUCGAACUGAAGCUUCAGAACACGGGUUCCAAGGUUCUGUAUCUGUACAUUCUUGACCUUGGUCCUCUUUGGCAGAUUGAGGACAUAUACUGUGGCAGUUACGCAGUGAUUCCCCCUUAUAACCAGAAUGAGAGAUUCAUGACAGGCCGCUUUACCAAGAAGUUCAGAACCAUGGUGCCUGAUGAAAUGAGACAGCAGAGCAUAGAAGAGUGCCAUGAUACUCUUAAAGUAUUAGUCACGUCUCAGCCAACUUCCUUUGAUCUGCUGGAGCUUCCCAAGAUUGGACACGUUCUCAAGAAGAGGUCACCAACCGAUAAGGACAGAUCAGGAGGCAACUCUUUUGAGCAGUGGAUUACUUUUAGCUUUCCACUAAGAACCUCUCUUUCAGCAGAGCUAAAAGCCUUGGAGAAGAGUUAA